CUCGAAUGCCACCCAAAAUUGACUUGGCGCUUCCCGUGAUCCGGUGCCUUGGCGCUACCACCUCAAAGAUCGCCGAGGCCCUGGAAUACCAUCAACCCCCCGGAAUCACAUAUUCACCACCCUCGAUAAUUUUUACAGUUGUUUUAGAAAUGAUCGCAGGCUCAACUUGUCUAUUCUUUGUUCAGGAUCAAUUUUUCCGAUGAGGUUUGGUGGCGAGAUCACCAAAUCAGUGGCGUCCUGGAUUGAUCUGGCAGGCACUGCCGGGGUGCAUAAGUCUCGCUCCCCGCCGCAUCUCCCCAAUCAAGUUUCCAUUCCAUCCACCAUCCAUCUCAACAUCUUCAUACCACUUCAUCUCUUUCAAACACACUUCUUCAACCCCAAUCAAUCAACAUGACUGGACGCGGCAAAGGCGGAAAGGGUCUCGGAAAGGGUGGUGCUAAGCGCCACCGAAAGAUUCUUCGUGACAACAUCCAGGGUAUCACCAAGCCCGCCAUCCGACGUCUCGCUCGCCGUGGUGGUGUCAAGCGUAUCUCAGCCAUGAUCUACGAAGAGACCCGUGGUGUCUUGAAGACCUUCCUUGAGGGUGUCAUCCGUGAUGCUGUCACAUACACUGAGCACGCCAAGCGAAAGACUGUCACAUCUCUCGACGUUGUCUACGCUCUGAAGAGACAAGGCCGUACCCUCUAUGGUUUCGGUGGUUAAAUGCCUUCUUCAGCUCAAUAUCACGACAUCACUUUUUCGGCAUACUGUGUCUGUCAUCAUCUAUGGCAUGGUUGCCUAAUCCUUUUUUGCUUUGAGUUACGGAGUGGUUGGUCAUGCAAAUGGGUUCUCAACUGGGGUUGCAAAGGGUCAUGGUUAUGAUGGGAUGGCAAAUCCACACGAUGUGCUUUGAUGUAUCAAUACAGGCACAGCAUGAAUACAGCCUGGAUCGGCGUUGACAGAUGGGCUGGACCAUGAUCGAAUGGACCAGUACCAAGAUGAAAUAACAUUUCAAAGCAAGCCUUUCAAGUUUCCUUCCAAUCGUAGUUCGGUCGUG